AUGGUGACAGCAGUGGUACUUAUUGUAGAAUGCAUGAUGGCUCAAAUGAUGGUGAAAGUCAGCAAGCUCCUCACAACAUGCAUAGUGUUGGCAGCAUUAAUGAUAACUGUGAUUUGUCCAUUAGUUGGCUUUACAUUAUCAUUACAUAGCAAACAAUAUUCAGGAGCUAUUCCAGUCCUCUUUAAUACGUCAAGGGACUCCCCAUGGCCUUCUGUUGGGAGGCUACUCUGGAAAACCUCCAUCGCAACCACCAUUUGGGCAAUUUCGACGGAGAGGAACUUGAGGAUUUUUAGAGGAACCAAAUGUGAAGUUCCUGGUUUAUUCCACACAAUAACCUCUGAUUUGGCCUUUUGGGAUUCCAAUCACAAGGCCUUCAAAGGGCUUCCAGUCUCCUCUUUCAUAUACCAGUGGAGGGAAAUCUUACAAACCCAGUUGCCCAGGGUGCAUAGACCGAGCAAUUGGUCUGCUCCCCCGGAGGGCCACACCAAGCUGAAUUUCGACGGGUGCUCCUUGGACAACCCAGGUCUGGCCAGAGUAGGUGGGGUCUUCCGCGGCCACCUCGGCACUGUUUCAGCCUGCUUCUCCGAAAACAUUGACCACACAGACUCCCAAAUGGUAGAGUCCAUGGCACUGCUAACUGGUCUCAAGCUUUUUAACCCCUCCUGGCCUCAACCACUCUUAGUGGAAGGAGAUGGAAAAAACGUCAUAUCCUGGGCAGCAGGCUUUGGCCCCCUUCCCUGGUACCUGGCUUCGUUCUUUGAUGAGAUUUCUCACGUUUGCAGAGAUAUCACCGUCUCAUGGAAGCAUAUUUGGAGGAAAUCCAGCGACAUGACGAAUCAUCUAGCUAAAGAUGGAGCGACAUCUAAUAUCUCAGGCCUAUGA